GCCCUGGAAGGUGGGCUGUUCACCUGCGUUUCCGAGCUCCACGAUCCGACCAUCGUGAAUGGAAAGGGCCUGCUUGCUCCGUCACGAAAGAGCACACACAGACAAUCAGUUUGUGUGUACUGGUCUCCCGGCUAUUGUCCUGAAUCGAAGUGGUGCCAGAUCUGGUCGGCCCCUCCAGACGUCCGACACACAUCUUGUCUGCCUAAUGUUGUGCACACACACAUACACAUGCACACGAGUACAGAAACACCGGGCGCCUGGUACCAUAGCUGCAGAGAGGAUCGCUCUGCUCUACCAUCUUCACUAAUCGUCUAA